UUUUAGAAUUUCUCCUGUGUCUAUAUCGUACAGCGGGAAUCGUGUUUGAAGAAACAGUGGUGUUCUAGUUGUAUAUACAGAGAUAUAUAACUAUUCUCUGAUACACAUGUAGUGUGCCGAUCGCGGCAAAGCCAAUGCUCUGAAUGCUUUGAAAACUGAAAGACUCACGAGGCGUCUGCUGAGAACUGGUAGGCCGGGCUUAACACACAGAAAAAUGCGCCUAAACAAAUUGCAUUAUUCAUGCUGCAAUUGUGAACAGUUGCAGUGAUUAUGGAAUUGAACCGGUGAAAGUUUUUUUUUCUAUUUGUGUGCUGAGUUCUUGUUGCAUGUGCCUGCACCGAAAGACCUAGUGGGUUGGAAUUUAAGCUUGGUUCGUUCUUACUACAUUCAAUUAUAUCCUUGUCGGUAUUUCAUUAAAAGGGGACAACAAUAGAUCUAUAUGAUCGUAUAAAUUCUCUCUCUACCCGAUCCAUUUCAUUAAGGAGCAUAGCUAGUGACCGGUCGGCUUCAUAAACAUAGAAUAGAUAGAAGGUAGAACGGACGACUGGAGAGAUAGAAGAAUUUUAUUAAAGACAUUAUAAGAGAAAUCUUUCAGUAAGAUAUUCGUGGACAUUAAUAUAACAGAAUCAUGUCUUUGGAUAAUUUUAUUGGACAAUGGGAGGAGGAAAAAAAGGAUGGAUUUGAAGACUUUGCUAAAGUAAUAGGCUUACCGAAUGAUAAAACCCAAUGGUAUUCUCAAGCCCAGACAGAGAUCGCCUAUUCCAGGGAAGGAGAUGAGUGGAUUAUUAAAGUUGGAGUUAAAGGCAUUCCUAACGGUCGGGUCUUUCGUUUUAAAUUAGGCGAGCCAUACGAUUCAGCUGAUAUUGAUGGAUCUCCCAUGAAAAGUCUUAUACAGGCGUGUGGAAAUCAGUUUAAAGAGAAGCACGCUGCAUCUAGUUUACAAGGUGAAGAAAUGGAGAUCGUUCGCUGGAUUGAAAAUGAUAAAAUGAUAGUCGAAACGACCUGCAAGGGCGCGACGAUGAAAUCGCUGUACAACCGAGUUAACUGAAAUCAGUCGUCAUCAAAUUACUGCUCAAACUAUAAAAAUCAAUAUGGCGUCGUGCAUAAUAUGCGAUCUGUUAUUGUCUUCGUUAUAAUAUAAUAAACACAUAAUAAAUAAUUAUAUUGAUGUGGCGAACGCAAAUCCAGAGCUUAUCAAAUAUAUCUCCUGAUUUUAAUUGGAUUAUAUGUAUUAAUUAAUUAAUAAUUAACGUAUGAAAGGGCCGUUUCUUGCUGGUGUGUUAGAUAGUAUAUGUAGUAAACGUGGUGCGCAUGCUCGGGAUGGGCGAGUUGGUUUGGAAAGCCCUCUGUCCUCUAGUGCCAUGUUAAUCGUGAAAUAAGCUUGUUCUAGGCUAGUCUUUCAAUGACAUGCAGAGGAUGGGGGACAUUUCUAACCAAACGAAAAAAAUCUCCCCCUUUGUCAAAAAUGACUUGAAAAUAUUGAAAUACUGCUGGCCGUUGUCUUUCUAUAGAUUAUCAAGUCCGUUUUGAUCGACAUGGCAGCGCUUAAAGAGUCAGAGGAGCCAUUUUAAAGGAUUGGUGUUGUACAUAUCUCUGUUUUCCUGAUUGUAUAACCGAGCAUGGUUAAGAGUCAAGAUCACCAAGUCUGUUUAACCAGGAGAGUCGUGGUAAUUAGAGAACAAUUUAGGCCAACCGGGAAAGGGGGGACAUUUUAGAUGACGUACUGAAUGCAUUUGAAAGGAAUGGGAAUGUAGCAAGGAAUGGAUUGGUUUUGUGUAGGCUAAAUGGUUUUAUUUUGUCUAUAUAUGUUGUUGUUGUUAUUGCUUUUGUUCGCAUAUCGUGGCAUAAAUCUAUUAUAAUUCUGCUUUUUAAAGAAACUUCUUGGUCUACAUGCUCAGUCUGUCCACCGAAUACAGUCCACAGUAAACCACUAUACUCUUUUAAUGACAAUAUACUUUAAAUCUUUAAAGGAAACAUAACUUUUCUAUGAAACUGAUAUUUAAAAAACUAAUAUUUCAGAAAAAUUGAACCAAUUUUUCAUCUUUGUCCAACUUUAUUAAUUACUUGAAAGAACAAAGGCUUAUUAGUUAACAGGAUCUUAGAUUACAUUAGCAUCAAACCCAGAUUUUAAAUCUAAAUGUUUGAUGAUUCCGCCGAGAUACUAUUAAGACUUUAAUAUAUGGAACUAUUUUCUGCUGUUCUGUUUUCACAGAGCACAUUUAGAAGAUAAUUAGCUCUUUUUAUCAUCCACCUACUUUCUGAAAAACUCUGAUUACGGACGUCAAACCGUGUAAAUGUCAGUAAUCAAAAAUAUGCUGAUGGCGUAAUUGAAUAGUAUUAGUUAUAAUAUCUAUAGUGUUCUAUUGUCUAAUCACUGGCUUCUCACUUGUCCAAAAUGAUCAUCAUCGUUUUCUUCUUGAUUCUGGUAUUAUUUUGUUUUUUGUAUUUUUUUUUUUUGGUCGACUUUAUAUGGCUAAUAAAUAUAUCUAUCAA